GUGCUGCAGGACCUGCCGCCCCGCCACCUGGAGGCCCUGCUCAGCUACAUGUACCUGGGCCAGGUGUCCGUGCCGCAGGACCAGCUGGGCGGCCUCAUCAGGGCCGCAGAGUGCCUGGCCAUCAAGGGCCUGGCUGUGCCUGAUGAGGCCACACCCACGCCCACACCGCCGCCCCACCAGGAUGCCCGGGGCCGCCCCACCCCGGCCUGGGAAGAUGGGCUGCCGCCCCCCAAGCGCCGCCGCCAGGACAGGGGCGAGGCUGGCGGCAGCCCUGGCCCCCCGCCACACAGGGGUGACUCAGGGAGGAGCAGCAGAAGCAGCAGCAGGGGCAGCAGUCCCCAGCAGGUCACCCCCUCAGCCACGCCGCAUCAGAACACCUCACCUGAGGACACCACACCACUGAUCAAGGUGGAGGAGGACAGGGAACACCCACGGGAGGUGAAGUGUGAGGUGGAGAGCAUGUUCGAGAUGCCUGACCCCCUGGGAGACACACAGCAUGAGGGCGGCCACAGCGAGGGUGACCAGGCUGCCUACACCCCCACCACCACCACCACCACCAACAGCCUCCUGCACCAGUACCCGCCACACAGCCAGGCCUUUGACCAGGUGGUGGCACAGGUGCUCCCGGGUACCUCAGGCAUGCAUGAGAACACCUCACCUGAGGACACCACACCACUGAUCAAGGUGGAGGAGGACAGGGAACACCCACGGGAGGUGAAGUGUGAGGUGGAGAGCAUGUUCGAGAUGCCUGACCCCCUGGGAGACACACAGCAUGAGGGCGGCCACAGCGAGGGUGACCAGGCCACCUACACCCCCACCACCACCACCACCACCAACAGCCUCCUGCACCAGUACCCGCCACACAGCCAGGCCUUUGACCAGGUGGUGGCACAGGUGCUCCCGGGUACCUCAGGCAUGCAUGAGGAGUCAGGACAUGGGUGGGACAGUGGGCCGGGCAAGGGAGACCUAACAACAGUCCCGGCCUUCCUCAUGGACAGCUUCAGCCCCCAGCAGGAGCCUCUCGCCCCCUCCCACCACACCUCGCUGCACCAAAGGGGGCCGGGGCUAUCAGGGUGGGUGAACCAGGGCACCAGCAACACGCAGCAGCCCCUCCACACGGCCCACAGCACCCCGCCAUGGCCCACCGCAACCACCACGACAGCAGCAGGAGGAGAUGAAAGUGGAGGUGCAAGUGGAGGGGUUCACGAUCGGCGGUGCUGCAAAUUCUGCGGGUACAAGGGCCAGGAUGUCUCACAGCUGCGGAAACACCUGCGGAUUCACACCGGGGAGAAGCCAUUCCAGUGCCCCGCCUGCAGCUACUCCUCCGCCCAGAGCAGUAACCUGAACGUGCACAUCAAGAGACACCACCCGGCCUUGUGUCAGGGGGACGGUGCACCUCCUGCUGGGGGGGCGCCCAUGUCCAUGCUCGGGGAAGGACAGCAGACACAGACACAGACACAGGCACCAGUCGUCAUGCAGACCUGUGAGACGAAAUAAACCAUGAAGAGAAAAGGCGAUGGUCUCGAAAAUGUUUGCAGGACCCCAGCGUGGCACUAAGGCUACCCGGUACAUCCCCACAGGACACCCCCCCAGGCCCACUAGCAGCCACCACCCUCUCCAUGCUUACCCUCCCAUGCACACUGCCAGGCGAGAGGGAGGGAGAGCUGGGCGGGAGGGUCGGGCG